AUGCGUACCUCUUUCGUCCUGUUGGCCGUUACGGCUACCGUAGUCACUUCUGACAAUGUCCUGUCGAUCAAGUCUGGCGCCGAGCAGCGGUUUCUGCGGUCUCACAGGGCCCACAGAACCCACCACGCUAACGAUGCUGAAGAAGAACGUGGACGGGGGCUCAACAGUCUACCGGAUCAGUUCAAGAGAAUGAAGAGUCAACCUGAGUUCCGUGAGACCAUUUUCACCUCGCGGAAGAGCGGCAUGGGGACCGUUGACGAAGCCGUCAAAUUCAUGAAGUCCCAGUAUCUCGACGACGACCAUAUCGAGCAUUUCAAAGAGGCAUACAAAGCGUUUCUGAGGAACAACUAG